UUAAAGAUUAAAGACUUUAAUAAAACUGGCAAUCAUUUUACUAAACGAUGAUUUAUAUUUUCGACAUAAAAUGUUAAUCGUAAAAUGACGAUUUCUCGAUGAUUUGGUUAUGUUUGUUGAAUUACGAGCGAUUAUGUGCAUGUGUUCGAAGAAGCAACAUGUUGAAUUUUUAGUUUGUCAUUUUAUAUUUGUAUGACAAAUAAUAAGAAACGAUUACGUUUAAAUACAUAUUUUAUUGAGAAAGUUACUCAAAGCAUAUAAGUAAGAUCCAAUAUCGCAAAGAUACGCAUAAAUGUAUAUGUCGAUAUAAUCGUACCUUCCUAAGAACUUAUUAUCUUUCCUUGUAUUUUUUGUCGUAAUCACACGAUUGUGUAUAUUUUAUCUCCAUUUUUUUCUGUGAAGCUACAUAAAAGUAUACUUUAUGUAAAAUGGCAUACAUGGACACGUUACCUGUACUAGAAGGAACAAAAAUGAUUGUUAUAGAUGAAGGAUUAGAUGUAAUGUAUGCAGAAUCAUUAAUAGCUGGAUGGCUGCAUGCAUGGAAGGAGAAGGAUCCUAAUUAUAGUAUCGAUUUACUGUCAUUUUCUGAUCCAAAAUUUUGGUAUGACAACGAAUCUGGGCCAUUAAUAUCCAAGAAUAUACAUUUACAUGAUUAUUAUACUAUCAAUAUAAAUGAAGUUGUAAAGAAAGAUUUGGAAAAUCUUGAAUAUAUACUUAAAACUGUCAAAUUAAAGCCUCGGAAUACAGUUAUCGUCAAUUGCUUGAGUUCCUUAAUUCUGUAUGUGGGUCUAGCAAAGGCUCUAUGGUUUGUAGAAAAAUUAAGUAAGCAGGUGUCACAACUUAUAUGCAUUUAUCGGAGAGAUGUUGUACAGAAAGUGCCUGCAAUUGAAACUUUGGGUACUACUUAUGUUAAACUAGAGAAAUUUACCGGAAUUAGCUCUAUAAAUAAUUUAAUUUACACUGCAAGGCUUAUUCAUAGAAAAUUGGGUGGUUCCGUAAUAUGUCAAACAGAAAUAAUAAAGCAGGAGAGUACAUCUUAUCAGAUUAACACUGAAAAAAUUGCAAUAGCAAAUGCUCACAAAUCAGAAGCAAAUGAAAAUCAAGCAAUGAAAAUUGAAUCAUCAUUUAGAAUAGAAAUGAAUGCUCGAGAAAUGGAACAAAGAGACAAAACACCUUUACCUUAUACUGUUAAUACAACAAAUACCUCUAGAAUAUUUUAUCAUCCAGAUGAUAUAGAUGAUAUAGAUGAAGAUGAUCCUGAUGAUGAUCUAUGUUUCUAAAUUUAUAAAAAUCCAGA